GGUUUUACGCACCACUGAAGGGUCGCCUCCAUCGACAUAACUCCCAUCUGUCCCUCCUCCUCUUCUUCGCUGGUCCUGACACCGCCGGGGAGCCUCCACGCCGUGCGACAUGGCCGAGCCAGGGAAAGGGGUCACCGCCGGGAAACUGGCCAUCAAUGUCCAGAAGAGACUGACCAGGGCGCAGGAGAAGGUAGACUGUUCUCUCAGCUGAUCAGAGGCUCGCAUGGCAGCGGGACACUGUGUCCUCUUGUCUCUGUGAAACCAGAUCCCUCAACUCUUUACCAUUGAAUUCCACUAAUCUGAAUUUAAAAAGGGUCUUGACAUAAUAUUCUCUUCUAGAAAUCAGUGAGUUGUUCCAUAUCAGGGUUUUGAGGGGGGUGGUCAAAGCAAUACUUACCUGAACUUCAGAUGUGAGGUCAAACAUGUGAGCUAAGUUUUGCUUACUUAAACUAUCUGUACAUAUUACUAUUAUCUGGUUUUAAAGAGAAAACUCUGAAUUGUAGUACACUGAAUAUGCCUUAUUAGAGCCAUGACUCCCAGAUUAAUUUAACAUUGAGAUUGUCUUGAAGAUCGUAGCCAGAUCGUAGAUUAUGUAGCCACCAUACCAAAACACUGAUCUAAAUUAAGGAGUUUGAUGUGCUUUAAAGGCUAGAUUAAGGAUUUAGAAAGAUAUUCUCAGUGUGUGCAAGUUUAAUCAACACAGCUGAAAUUUCUCAGAGCAAGAAAACAAGCUGAAGAGCGGCUGUUUGCAUUUUCAGCCUCAGUGUCAAACUUUUAACACAAGUAAACAUUUGGCUUCAUUAGCUGAAUUUAUUCAAGUAGUUAGUUACAAUUUAAAAAUAAAGAAGAGUGCAGGGAGUGGAGUCAAGUGUUUAGCAUCUAUAGCAUCUCGUUGGUUGUGUGAUUUUGAAAAAUCCAAUUUAGCUGAACCAGAAUGCUAUAUCUCUGAGUUUACUAAUUUUAUUUCACAGUAAGUUACUACAACAUACAGAAUUAAUAUUUGAUGAUAGGGAAAGCUCUUUAUAGUGACAGAAUGAAACCUGACCAACGGUCUGUGUUCAGCUCGCUGUCUGUGAGUUAUUAUUGUCUGUCCUAAUCACUCCUGUCGCUUAAGCCUGCUGGGGUUUUACCCUCUAAUCACCUCAGUACCACACCAGGAGUGCUGUCAGUCAGUCCCACACUUUUCACCUCUCACUUUGUUUAACUUAACAUGUUUAAGAGUCGCUGCUGUUGGUAUUUUAUUCAGACUCUUCCAAAAGUCUCCUCAUUCUGCCCUUUUCCCUCGCAAACUUGGCUCAUCCUCCACUCUUUAAGGUUAAAUUUGGCUAAAAUAGUUGGUUUUUAAUGUGCUGGUUUGCUUUUUUCAGACUUGAGUGCAUGAGAAGUUCCCCAGCAAAGCUAACUUCACUAAACACAGACAUAGUCCAACUACUUUGAGAGUCUUCCUGCUGUGGCAGAGUCCCUGUGCAGAGCUAAUCGAUCAUUUCAGCAGCUCUGAAUGAACUUUGGACAGCUGCUGUUGAAUGAAAUAGCAUCUGUGUCCCACGUUCCUCCUGGCCUCAUGUGGGAGCUUGUUUAGCAGCAGGCUUGUCUUUAACAUCGCCAUUGCGUACUCGUCUUUUCUAUGAAAAUAGCAUAUUAUGGACAGCAGUAAACCCAGAUUUCCCCCAAAUAAAAGGCUUUUUUUUCUACUGGCUGUAAGAUAAUUCUAUCAUAAAUUAAUAGCAGUCUGUGUUUUCAUAACAAAAGUCUUGUGACACUCCAAGUAAAAAUAAAUAAUCCGUUAAUCUCUGCAUCUUAGUCACCUUUUUAAAUUGGCCCAACCUUUACCAGCUACAUGAAGGAGGUUAAUAAACCCAUUACCCAUGAUAGGAUUCAAUCAAUUAGUACAAAGUAAUAAAUGCAAAUACUACAACACUGUAAAGCUCAGAUGAAAAGGAUUUAUAACAUAAAUGACAGAUUUCAUGUCUUAAAUUUAGCAGGCGAAAGAUUUCAAGUAACUUUCUGCUUUUCUACUUAAGUCAAAACAAAAGACCAAACUCUGCAGAGCUCUAAAUGAGCUCGAAGGAAUUAAUACCUGCUCAUGAUUGCUCAGAGGUUGAGACUUUGAGAUGAGUCCGAGCCCUGAGUUAAAGCUCUGAGGGUAAAGAGGAAGGUCAGAGUAUCAUCUUCCUUCUGAAGGCCGGCCGAAAUGGAGGAGGGGUGCGUCGGAUUCAGCUGUCUGCUGGCGCGCCGUCCUCCACCCUCAACCCUUCACCCUCCACCUCGCCAGCUCACUUUAUGUCUGAGUCUCCUGUCCUGAGAGGAAGCUGGACUCUGCUGAAAGCUAGAACUAAUGCAGUCGUAGAUUUGCAGUAAAAGAAACAGACUCAGUUCCUGCGUUCCUGCACACUUUGACCUACAAACACCUUUUAACUUUGGCCUUUCUGUGCACCCUCACAGAGUAAUUUGAUUUAUUGACUCGUACAGACCCUUUUCUAGAAAUCAUCACGGUUGCCAUAGUGAUGUAAUCUCACCCUCUCAUGAACUGGUCAGCUGUGUAGCAGGGCAUGCUGGGCGAAUUCUCCUUGGUGGAAUCCGGAUGAGUUGGGUGACGGAGAAAGGGUGGGGGAAGGAGGAGGUGGAGUGGGGGCUGUAGGAGACCCACUGAGGUGCCAGGAGGGCAAGACCCUGGGUCUCUGACCUCCACCCUCUCUGCACUCAGAGCCCCCCCCCCAACACCCCAAAUACACCUCUCACAUCCUUCACUGACCUCCAAAAAUGGUGACUCUUAUCCUGCUAAAAGUCCGCUGCAAAGUGCCUAAAGUACUGAACGAAGGUCCUGUGAGGAGUUUGGAGCUGGUCAUGAAACAAACUGAAAUUAAUAUUUAUGCCUCAACAACCAAAACAAACAAACAAGACCAUAAACAAGAUCUUAGACCGCUUCUAUACAGUUAUUUGAAAUGUCUAAAACCACCAUCCAGAGGUGCCAGACAAAGCGAUAAACUGCUGGUACAGCUUUAUACACGUUAUAUGGCAGAAAAUCUUACUUAGUUAAAAAAAUCAUUAACUGAACACACAGAAAAAUUAAAAUCAACAAAGACUGCUCUGUCUUUGUCGCACAAAUGACAGAAACCCAAAGUUCCUCACAGGAGCUUUAAUGACAGAUAACAGCGGGGAGCGACAACCUCAAAAUGUAAAAACAAAACAAAACCUAAAUGAAUAAAAGCCAAAUUAAAGAACAAGUAGUGGCUUAAUAUGAUUAAGUUUCAAAGAGGACCAUCCCAGUAAAGGGCCUCCAAAUUUCAGAAUGAGUCAUAGUUUUCAUCAAUAAAAGCUCAAAAUGAAAGUGAAGUUACACAAAGAAAAGGUUCUCUGACAUUUUCUCACUUUAACAUCCAGACAAUUUCCCAAGAAAUAGAAACAAUCAAACACUGUAACUACUUUUCCGUAAAUACCAGUGUAGUUGCUUUAUACAACUACACUGUAGAGCUAUUAUAAUCUGUAAAAGGCACUCUCAAAACUCCUGACGAUAACUGCAAAAUGUUUGUUUUUAACUAUUUAUGAAAUGUUUGUGAAAAGCUUGUUGAAGCUAAAAAAGGGGGGUUAGAUGUAAAUACAUGUUUUUUUUUAUUUACUCUGUUAUCAUGUUAAUUAAAUAUUAUUUAUGUAGUGUAUCAGGAAAAGCAUAAUAAAAGCACGUCUUUAUUUUAAACGUAAAGAAAAGUAAUGUAAAUCCAAAACGAUCAAACAUCAAACAUCAAACCUCUAAGUUUCCACUGCUUGGCCUCCACACCUGCGCUCGCCCCAUGCCCCACCCCCUUUCAUGGACUCCCAGCAUGCCUCACUGCUGUGGGCGGAGUUCAGAUAUGUGUGUGAGUGUAUGUGGGGGGGUGGGGGGGUAUCUAUCUAUAACUCUUGUGGGCCUUCUCCUCCUCUCUGCUCUUAAUACCCCACAAACCUGCUGUGUGUAACCAGUAUAUUUUUGGGAGGUGAAAUUGAACACCAGUGGUUUUUGGAUGACGCUGAACACACACACACACACACACACACACAAACACAUACACACAUAUAAUAACACACUAAAGAGUUUUCCUAUGUACCAGAGUUUACAGUAAAAGUGACUCUUUGCUUCCACGCAUUAAUGGUGACUUGAAAGCAGCGAGGUAACAUGAUCUUUCCAGACUUUUCAAGAAUCCCCUGAAUGCAUCAGGAGACAUUUGAGUGCUGCACAAUGAGCCACAGACACUGAGGGCUGUAAAAGAUACACCAGGUGUGUCGUCCAAAUAUAGAUCUGGAGUUUAAUAGAAACAACUUGUUCAUGAUCUAAUUUUCAGGAAAGGCUUUGAAUUCCAUACCUGCACUAGAUUAAUAAUGCAAAUAUAUUACUCUGUUUAUGUGGCACUAACAAGGAGGUAGGAAAAAAGUCGUCCGUUUUCCAAGCUUGGUUGACUGAAGACCUGUUCUUCACUCACAAACAUGACACUGAAAACUGAAAAUGCAAACAAACCAAUGUUCAUGAGAGUUAAUUUGGAGAGAGAAAGAAAAAAAUGUAGUUUAAAUGUUGUUUUUGUAUAUUCAAAGCACAAACCCUCAGUCUGCUUCGUAAAAGUUCUUGGUGAGAGACACUUUGAAUAUCCUCAGUGUUAAUAUUUCAUGAAAAAAAAGGAACAUUACACUUCACUUUUUAUUCUCUAUGAUCUUUACCUCUAACUAAAUCUGCAUGACUAUAAUAGAUCGAUGGUUUGAAUACGCUAUAAAUAGACUGUUCCUCUGUCGUAGACUCUGAUGUGUGUAUGAAUGUGUGGAUUCUCAGUGAGCAGGUGUGUGUGUGUGUGUGCGUGCGUGCGUGCGUGCGUGCGUGCGUGCAUGUGUGUUUGUGUGUAAGUGUUGGGGAAGUCCCGUUGUCGUGUUGCUCGUGGUUUGUGUAUCUGUCACAGGAUUAUGGCAGCAGGUGGUGCUGGUGGUGUCGCAGCUCUCGGUUAGAUCAGAUUAGCUGUGACCUUGUGAACAAACCAAACAUCCUCAUUUCUUGUAAAGGAAACUUUCAAACACAAAAUGCAGACAUAGAAAAGACACAGAAACAUGUCUGCUUAAAGAUCUGAAUAAAAAAAACACAUUGAAUGAAAUGAAACUCAGACAGACUGAUGAAUCGGUUCACUGAUUGACUUUCUGCUCCUGUGGCCUGCUCUGCAGGUGAUGCAAAAGCUCGGGAAAGCUGACGAGACCCGGGACGCUGCUUUUGACGAGAUAGUGGCAAACUUCAACAAGCAGAUGGUCAGAAUGAACUUCAUUUCUUUUUUUUUACUGAUAUUCUUGACACUUUUUGCACUUUUUAGGUUCAUUUCUCUGUUCUCCUCCUUCUUCUCCCUCAGUCUGAAGGCACCAAACUACAGAAGGACUUUAAAGCUUACCUGGCAGCAGUGAAAGGUGAGUGUUGGUCGUUUUUUUCAGUAAGUUUGUCUCUUUAAAUGAAACAAAAGAAGCUCUCUGGACAGGUUUAUGUCGAUGUAUGUUUCUCCUGUUACGCUGUUUGUCUGGUUUUGUUUCAGCAAUGCAUGAUGCAUCCCGGCGACUGCAGGACUGUCUGGCUGACAUGUAUGAGCCUGAAUGGUUUGGAAAAGAGGAGAUGGACACACUGGCAGAGGUGAGAGAUGGAAACUGUUCAGUGAUGCAUACGAGUGGCUGUAAAAGAAUCUGGGACUGUCUCUUCUCUCUCUUCUUCUUUUAUCCCUAUGUUUCUUGUUUUCUCUGCUUCCAGCUCAGCAUCAGAAACACUUUUCACAAAACUAACACGAAUUUCCUCUUUCCGUUUCUCUUUCCACUCAUGCUUUUCUUUCUCUAACUGCAUGAAGGAGAUGAUAGAAAAGGAGAUGGACAAUAAUUUGGAGGUAAAGCGCAGACAGAAUCCAAAUCAGGGUCAGGAUAAAUUUACAAAAUACAGACAUUUGAGGGCAGAUUUCAAAUCUAAUCCAACUUUAUCGAUUUUUUUGUAGAUAUAAUGAUGGUUCCCAGUUUGGCUCUUUGUGAGACACACUGGUUCAGAUCUGCUGUUAGGUUGUAAAGUCCACAGGUCAUCUGAUAUUGACCUUUAAAAAUAAGUAUUUAUUCUUAAUUUACAGCAGCUGUGACCAGGAUAUCUUGACAGCAUUAAGCAUCAGUUUAAAUAUGAUAUGAAGUAUUUGUAAAUAAUUAAGGUUUCUUAUAUUUUACUUAAAGAAAUUAUAUUCAGUGUUUUACUUUUGCAGACACAGGCAUUCACAGAAGAAAAAGACUGAUUCAGUUUGCAUUAUAACCAAAGAAAUUAUAAAUUAAGUCUAGAGCUGAUCUUUAUUUUUUUCAAAAAAUCUCAAAUCUUACAAGUUAUUUUUAUCUCGAUUUUAAUACGAUUGUAUGUUUUUAUUUCAGGACACAGACACUCUGUGGUUGGAUUACCACCAGAGCCUUACAGAAAAAUCGUUGGCCCCCAUGGACACAUACCUGGCUCAGUUUCCUGACAUCAAGGUUUGUCUCAGUCGGCUUUAGUCACAGAGAAGUAAAGAAGGAAACCAAGUUAAAGUGACCUUUUCAUUUCAUGAUCCCUUCUGCCGCAGGCCCGUAUAGCAAAACGAGACAGGAAGAUGGUGGACUUCGACAGUGCGAGGCAUCACUUUGCCUCCUUACAGAAAGGAAAGAAGAAGGAUGAGGCCAAAAUUGCCAAGGUAACCCCCAGUGAGAGAGUGUAUUUGUUUGGGUCUGUCCCAUAGACUGUAUAUACAAUGGACAACUUGGUUCCGCCUACCGCCUGUAUACGGAUUUGAAGCCAAAAAGCUGUCGGUAUUUCCAGGAUUUUUCUUCAUUUCCUGAAACCAGCGCUGUGUAGCAAUGCGCACAUUCGGCCACGCAGUCGCAGAGAGUCGCUGUGAUGACGCUCGGCUCAAACAGCAUAUCCCCCGGGAGAGCUACGCAAUCACUGAACGCCCAUAGGCUGUAUCAGGUGUCGAUCAUAGCAAACAUGAACCCCCUAAUAACUUUUAAAAACGGAGCUUCACAGAAAACAGAGGACUUGAGCACAAACCAGUCUGACAGUAACUACAUGUCAACAUUGCAAGCAGGGGGGAGAAAAAUGUAUGUUCUGUGUUAUGAAUUUCUAAAGUUUGUCCACAGCCCCAUAAGCUUUGCUGGAGGAGGCGGGAUUUAUGACCUAUACUGCAGCCCAUCAACAGAGGGUGCUGUUCUCGGAGUUGUUCUCGAAUGCGCGCAUUGCUACUGCGCAGCGCUGGUUUCAGGAAAUGACGAAAAAUCCCUGAAAUACCGAGAGCUAUUUGGCUUCAAAUCUGUAUACAGGCGGUAGUCGGAACCAAGUUGUCCAUAGUAUAUACAGUCUAUGAGGCAGACUAUGAGGAGUAUCAGCUCCAUUCUAUAUACAGUCUAUGGUGUGUCCUAUAAGUGACUGUAUGAGCAUGCUCUGCAGUUUUAAACUUAAUAUGAUUUAAGGUUGUAUGAGCUAGUUGUUUUACGGACGAGUCAAAACAAAAGUCGUUGUGUGACUGAAAAGCUUCAGCUGAUUGUCCAGAUUAACAGAAGUGACUGAUUGUCUUGUUGACUUUAUGCUAAUUGACAUGCAUUUGUCUUGAAUUGUUCUUGGUUGCUUUUCUUCUUUCACCUCUCUUCUCUACCUUUCCUGGCCUCUUCUCUCUCUCUCUCUUGUUUCUUCUCUUCCUUCCUCUUCCUCCUCCUCUCUCUUUCUCCUGCAUGCUGUGUGCGGUUAGCCAGCAGCCUUGUUGGAGAUGGCGGCUCCCAGCUGGGCUCAGGGUUUGAUAUCAGCCCACCAGGUGGCUCAGACUAACCUCUCCUACAACCAGGUGAAACUCUGGUUCAUCACUGACUCCCCCCUCCUCACCCCAAACCUAUAAACCUGGUCCUCCACCCGUAGGCUCUCCACAUGAACAGAUAUGUGAGCAGCUUGGUGAAGUGAGGCAGAUCAGUGCUUAAACAUUUUAAAUAUUCAUUUCAUGGUCAAGUUUCUGCAGAAGAAAUUACACUUUUUUAAUGAACCCUGCUUGUUUUACAUUUGUUCUCUGUCUGCAACACUUAAAAUCAGUUAAAAGAAUGAAUUGAAUUAAAUUUGUGGACAUGAAAAGAGGAUUUUUUUAAUAAAUGAAAGACUUUCUGUCUUGUUUUUCGAAGUAACCCAAUAAUGCACACACUUACUCACAAAAUACGACCAAGGUUACACAGUUUGAUGGCUUUUAAGAGAACAUUUUUGCUGUUUUAGGUUUCAAAUGAAGCAUCUCAGUUUUAAAGAAAAGCUCAACUGAUCAUGUGCAGAGAGCCUCACAUUAAUUUGAUACCAAACUUCUGAUUUUGUUUAUUAUGUGUCACAGAUAUUUGUGCAUUUGACGGAAUUACCCUUAAUUUUUUUGAAUGCAGUUGUCAGCAUUCUUAUGUCUGUGGUUAUUAAACCCUGUUGUUUCUGACUUUCUGCAUGCAUGUGUGCUUUUAAAAAAAAACCCUGAAAUGAAUCAGUUUAGGUUACUGUUUACAUAUUUAUUAAGAUCUGUGUGUGUGUGUGUGUGUGUGUGUGUGUGUGUGUGUGUGUGUGUGUGUGUGUGUGUGUGUGUGUGUAGGCUGAAGAGGAGCUGGGUCGAGCUCAGAAGAUUUUCGAAGAGCUGAAUGUGGAAUUACAAGAUGAGCUUCCGACACUGUUUGAAAAGUGAGACACAUUAUUCUGUUUUAUUUCCUGUCGUUUAGAUUACUGUAAUGCCCUGCUCUCUGGCCUCCCCUAAGAAGAACUUACAUACUCCUCAAUUAUUACAAAACUCAGCUGCAAGAGUGCUGACGAGGACCAGAGGGCGAGAGCAUAUAUAACCCCAGUUUAAGCAUCCCUGCAUUGGCUCCCCGUCCGUUUCAGGGUUGAUUUUAAGGUUCUUUUAUUAGUUUUAAGAUGUAUUCACGAUCUUGGCUCCUCCUAAUAGCUGACUUACUUUUAUUGGCUUUUCAGUUUGGGCUACUUUCAAUUUCUAUGGUCCCCAGUUUUGGAGCAGCCUGCCAGAGAGCCUCAGGGCCGCAGAGACUGUUGAUGUUUUUAAGAAGAGUCUCAAGACUCAUCUUUUAACCAGGCUUUUCACUCAAAGCCUUUUCUUAUUUCUCUUAUUGCUACUGUUCAUUGUAAUCAAAGUUCUUAGUGUUUAUUUUAUGUAUUUUUAUUCUUACUUAGUUGUUCAUUUCAGGUUUUACUUUUUCUCUUUACUGCUAAAGAAAUCAGGCAAAGUUAAAAAAGAUGUUUGGGGGCUAGUACUGUGGCUGGGACCCUAUAUGUACUGUUGAUGAAGUUAGGUGCUGUUCUGAGCAUUAUUUGUGGCUAUAGAGUGACUUUUUGGUUGAGGUUUGUUUAUGGCUCCUCAGACUGCUGUGUAUUGCUAUUGUGCGGUCGUCACUAAAGUUGGUAUAACUGGAGAAGCAAGCGGUCGGCAACAUUCAUCACUCAAGGGGGUGUCUAACUUGGUGUUAACGGUGUGUUUGACCCUAAAUUUAUUUAACGCCGGAAUAUCCCUUUAAAUGCUCGCUUUGUGCACUUGUGUGUGGGUGGGAGGGUCGGGUUUCACUGUUGUUUUUAGCCUCUUUAAGGCACUUUGAAUCACACUCUUUUAUGAAAAGUGCCAUAUAAAUAAAACUGAAUUAGAAUUUGAAAAUGAUGUGUUUGUGUGUGUCGGCAGUCGUGUUGGCAUCUAUGUUAACACAUUCCAGGGUGUUGCAAGUCAUCAGGAGAAGUUCCACAGGGAGAUGGGCAAGGUGAGAUCAUUGCUUCAACAGUUAGUAAACAGCUGAUGUUUUGAUUUGUCAGAGAUUCUCAUCUGCUUCAUUUGUCUCCUUAGCUCAGUGAAAACCUGAACGACAUCAUGACCAAGCUGGAAGAACAGCGGCAGCUCAAGUAAGUGACAACGGUACCAAGUACUUAAAGUUUUACGUAAUGUCAAAUCAGUUAGAGUAAUGUCUCUCAUACCGCCCCUUAAUACAGAAAAAGUGGUACUGCAGCAGCAAAGACAGGAGAUGAUGCCAAGAGGUAAAAUGGUCUGCAUGCAGGUUUUUGCAUGAAUUCAAUCUUUGGUUUAUUAAGAUUACCUCAUUGAAUAUCUUUGAAAUAGGAGUUCAGACCACUGGAACAGCAGAAGAUAGAAACAAACAAAGGAUGAUUAGGUCCAUAAGUAUAACAUUAAAUUUCAAUAUUCACUCUGAUUCAUCUUGAGAGCACCCAGAAGUUCAGCAUGAUCAUUUUAACAGUUCCUUCCCUGCACAGUGCACACUUCUAUUUGCUCUUGCUGCCAUAAAUUAAUGAAAAUAAAAAUGAUUAUUUGAAUGUUACAGUCAGGUUGCUUUAGUACAAGGCCGAGCAAACACUUGUUUGAUAAUUCCUCCUCCUUACGGUCUACUCUGCAUGUGUGCCAUCAUUUCCUGUUAACUCACCUUUUUGUGUACAGCACAUUUAUUUAUAAAGCUAUUUGCCGCCCUCGUGUGGAUGAAAAUGAGAACUGCAUGUCAUUAAACCUGACUCCUUUUUUUCUCUCUGCCUCUUUGUCAUAUCUUUCUUCGCUGUUUUGUUCAGCCUGUUUUCAUUAUGACAUCAUGACAUUAAAUCAUCUUUAUCUUUUCUGUUGCCUUCUUCUUUAAGUGAGGAAGCCAACCACAGUGAAUCGGCCAGCUCAGCACCAAAGGUAAAAAAAAACUCACUGGCAGCAUCUAAAAACUCUCUGACAACAUUAACAAUGAAAACCUGAACUAGUUAGUUGUCUGUUGCCUGAUUGCAUGCAUUUUUUAAUUGGUUUGAUACUUAACCCUGUACAUGGCGCAGAGGCCAGGUCCUCCUCCUAGCCGUCCUCCGCCCAGACUGACACCGUCUCCAGACCAGAGACAGCAGCAUGCCAGCCUGUUAGAGGACGAGGCCACAGUGCCUGACACUGACACAGACUACACCUCCGCAACAACACAACAGGUCAGACCAUAGAUCCUUCUGCUUGACUGUGCAAGUCAAAAGUACGAUCUGUAAAGUGAGAAGUAAGAAAAAAGUCAUUUCUUCAGGGUAUUGUAGAUAUUAAAGGAUAAAUUUUGCCUUUUAUCAUUUCAUUACUUAUUAGAAUAUUUAUUCAGUUUAUUUCCACAGUCAGAGCAGAGGUUUGCAAAUCAAAGUACUUAAGUGUGGCGACUAUUUCUCAGGCAGAAACCCCUCCUAACUCAAGUGUAUGAAUGAAUGAGUGUGUGUAUGUUUACGUGUGUGUAGCAGAAUGAGCUUUGGUCAGUGAGCCUGCUGGAUUGGGAUGUAGAGGUAUUACAGCCCGUCACAUGUUCAGCUCCUAAGGUGGGUGAAGGUCAGAGCUCUGAGCAAUUGCAUGCCGAAGAAAACGUUAAUUACAUGACAUACAUUUGGAUAGGGUUCCAUUCAAAGAGAGUAGUUUGAGCAAGAGAGCAAACUUGAAAUCUUUGACAUUGAACCGUGCAUGAGUCAAAUAGUUUUGCAAAUUUUUGACUGCAUGUAAAUACAUCUAAUCAUUCAUUUCAAUGAGUGUAUGGUUGAGUAGUUUUCUAAUACUCUGCAUGGCUUUCUCAAUGCAUGCAUGUCCAGCCUUACUUUGCAUGAGAGUGUUUGUUUCUCUGGGUGCUGAUAACACAUUAUCGAUGACUGAAAAGAUUCAAUAGGAGUAUCAGCUCCACAUAGUGUAUUCUCAGAUUCAUAUUACAAGCAUAAAAAGAAUUAUUAAAAAAUAGUAAAUUAGUAAGCGCUAAAUAAUGGAUAAAUACAGGAAAAGAAACUUUAUUUUAACAGUUCAAAGAUGAUUGAAGUUGUUUUUUCAGCUAAAUUCUUGUGUGUUUAAGUAGUGUCUGAUGUAUAAUUGAGAUCUAGAAAAUAUCCUCUUGAGCACUUUCAUCUCAUUUACCAUCCUGUCUCUAAAUGCUUACGUAAGGAGCCGUCAUGGGACUCAUGGGUAAGCUUGAACUCCACAGAAAUCUUCCUCUCGUUCACAAUCACAGAGCUUUUGAAAGUGGAAUAAUAACAGUCCAACUGCAUCUUUUUGUUAUGGCAACCUCCCACACUACACCUUGUUGUGACUUCCAUUUUCCUUUCCAACCCAACAACUACUUGGGCAUUCAAUUGCUUUCUUCUUUUGCUCACCAAAUCGACACAUCGCCCCCCAAAAUCCUGACCUUUCAUAGAAAGAAGAGGACCCUACUGAUCAGGUUGAUGACCAAUAUUCAGAAGAAGCUGGGGGCUCCUGGGAAUACAAUGACAGCAACACACAAAGCUACACACAGCCGAGCUGGGACGACACAGAAACAGCCCAGGAUCAAGAGAGCUGGAAUGACGAUGGAGGAUAUACCACCCAGUCAUACACAGAGCCCAACUGGGACGAUGAUGGCACUCAAGUGGGACAGGGUGGCUGGGGCAAUGAUAGCGAGGUACAGGUAGAGUUAGAUGGGUAGAGACGUAGGUGUGACCUUAAAGCCUGGAAUCCAAGGACCUAAAGAUUCUCUCCUCUAAACAGGCACUUCCUUCCCUUCCUCUUUCCCGCUCUUUCCUCCUAAUCUGCCCAAACUGCAUCUUGAAACAACAUAAAACAUUUCUUCUACCCCUUCAAUAACACAUAGACCUGUUCUGCUUUAUGUUUGUGAUUUAGAGUGCGGUGACCAAUGGCUCAGGUGGUGACCUCCCUCCAGGAUUUCUCUACAAGGUUUGACAUUUUAAUACCUCCAUGUAUUCACCAUUGAAAUAAACAGUUUUAGAGAACGUCAACAUAUAUAUAUAUAUCUAUGUAAAAAUUUGUUCAGUUGCAGUUGUUGAAAUCCAGUAAGUUAGUAGAUUUCAGUAUGUUGCAGAUUAUGUAUAAAGCUCAUAAGAAAAUUUUGCCAGUCAACAUCCAGUUGUUAUAACUUAAAAGGAUUUGAAAUAUUUAAAAAGCCAAGAUUCAGAACUAAACUGAAAGAGCUGUGUUACAGUGAGAGGAAUAAGUUUGUGGAACAAUCUGAACAAAGAAACUAAAGAAGCUAAAUCAAAUUUCAUCUUCAAAAAAGUGUCAAAGACAGUAUGUUGAUUAAAUACAGGGAAAUAUGUUCAUCUAAGUCUUGGUAUGUUUGUUUUGUGGAAAAACGUGGAUUAACGUGGUCUUUUCUUCUUUCUGCUCCUUUUCAUUCACAUGUUUGAGAUUUUUCCUUGUUUGUAUUGAAUGUUUUGAAUAUUAACUGCAUGAAAUAAAGUAUGAAAAUGAAAAAAUGGAAAUAUAUGGAUCAUAAAUGAAUCAUAUUAAAUCAAAUCUUUUGUUUCCCCCUGUCCUCUAGGUAAAAGCGAUACAUGAUUAUGCUGCUACUGAUGGUGAUGAGCUUGAGCUGAAGAUGGGAGAUGCUGUGCUUGUUAUGGCCUUCGACAACCCCGAUGAACAGGUCUCUCUAACUGAUUCUUAGUGUUUUUGGCUUUAAAGAGAGCGAUUUCAACCCUUUCUGGGCACAUAAGUUAUUGAUAACCCAUUAAUAGCUCUUAGUGAAUUCAGGCUCUUAUAAAGUGAUGAGUUGUAAACUGUUUCAGAUGAAGUCAAAUUGGUUUUCUGUCCUCCUGCAGGAUGACGGCUGGCUGUUGGGUGUGAAGGAGUCUCACUGGGUGCAAAGCAAAGAUAUUUCAGCCAAAGGCGUUUUCCCUGAAAACUUUACUCAGAAGGUUUGAAUCCCAGGCCUCAAAAUGGUUCUGUCCCUCUCCUGUGCCCAAAACAUGUCAGAUGACUCUAACUGAUAGAGACUGGGUUGAAUUGUCACCGAACAUCCACAAACCAAAAAGGUGCAUGAUUAGAAAUGUGCACUAAGUAUAAACUCUUAAUCUAAAUAAAUGCUGUUGAAAGAUAAUGAAGCUUAACCUAAACCCAGAACCUUGUGGAAAACAUGGGUCAUCUUAAAAAUACAACACAAAUUAAACUCUUUUAUUUUUUCUGUUUUGUUUUCAUUAUUUUCUUUCCUGCAAUAUUUAUAUUUUUGUUUAAUUAAAAUGAGGCCCACAACAUUGCAUUGGGGAUAUCAAUAACAGGAGAAAGGAGUCAUGAUGUACUGUAUGAAUGAACUACUCUACAUUGUCUAUUGUUGAUGGAUUUUGGAUGAUUCUAUGUUUUGAGAAUAUUUCACAGUUCUUUGCAUGAAGCUUUUAACUGUACUGUCAUUUUCUUUUUUCACACACCAAACACUGUGACACCAGACACCACUAAUAAAAAAGUUGGUGUGCAGGGCAAUGCCUUGUAUUUUCACAGUUCCUUUACACACAGGAUGAUCAGAGGGAACAUUUUUUUUGUUUGUUUUUUUUUUCAUUUAUAACAUGGCCAUUUUGCCUGUUUCCCAAUGCACAAAUGGGAUUAUUUAGUUUUUCAGUCAUCUUCUCGUUGAUGGAUAAAAGCAAGAUCUAAACCUGAAUCCCAGUUACUUUUUUUUCUUCUUUUAUAUUUUCACCAAGUGUGAUUGUUCACCAUCAAUACAGAUAUCAUAUUACUUUCUGCAAUCGGGGAAGAGGCUAUCUGACUGGACUGUCAACCUAUUUCUGCACACCAGAGAACUCUGGGUCACUUACUGUAGUGUUUUCACAAUAAAUAUGAACCUGUGGCUAAAACAUCCAGAACCUUUAUCUGGUUCUUGGUGAGGAGCCUGCCAUCCAAACUCUAAGAAAAUAUCCAGCAGUAUAAGGAAACCCAUGCAAAAGGUAUUAUUAUUACAUUGUGUUGAAGGAGUUAGAAAGGAAUAAGUCUGAGAGAUAACUAACGCACCAUCUGUUGGAUGAAAACAACAUUAAAGAUAAAUGGAACAAUGUGCUUUGUCAAUGUGACCUGUGUCUUGUCCUUUUUACUCUGUCUGAGUUGUGGUGAUAUUUUCCUUUUAGAUAGAUAUUACAUUUUAAUUAUUAACAUCAGCUCUCAAGGGUAAAAGAAAGUAAUUAUUAACUUUUUUGUUAUUGUAAUGUUGAAGGUAAUUGAAAAGGCAUGCACUAUAGAGCGUGAACUCUCUGCCAUCAAAAUUACACAUGUGCACUAGUAUUUAAUGUGAUAAACCAAAUUGAACUUUGUACGAGGGGCAAAUAACAUCCUUUUUUUAAGAUAAGAUAAUAAACUUGAUAAAAUUUUUGACUACCAAAACUGUAGGUAUUGUUUCCUCCCCCUCUCACAGUCUGAGUUAAUUAGACUCACCUGGUGAUUCUCGUUAGGGUUAGCUGUUUUUAAUGGGGAACACCUGCUG